CCCCCCACCCACCGACAGUCACCAUGGGAACCGUGCUGUCCCUGUCACCCAGCUACCGCAAGGCCGCCCUCUUCGAGGAUGGGCCGGCCACGGUGGGCCACUACAUGGCCGUGCAGAACAGCAAGAACGCCAAGGACAAGAACCUCAAGCGCCACUCGCUCAUCAACGUGCUGCCAUGGAAACGCAUCGUGGCGGUAUCCGCCAAGAAGAAGAGCUCCAAGAAGGUGCAGCCCAACGGCUACCAGAACAACGUCACGCACCUCAACAACGAGAACCUGAAGAAGUCCCAGUCCUGCGCCAACCUGUCCACCUUCGCCCAGGACGGGACCCCGCCACCGCCCCCGCCGCCGCCCGCCAAGGGCUCCGCCGUCCCCCCGGUGUCCUCCGUCAAGAAGGCCCCGCUGGGCAACUCCACCAACGCGGCCGCCGCCCCCGGGACCCCCAAGCGGGUGAUCGUGCAGGCCUCCACCAGCGAGCUGCUCCGCUGCCUGGGCGAGUUCCUGUGCCGGCGCUGCUACCGGCUGAAGCACCUGUCCCCCACCGACCCCGUGCUGUGGCUGCGCUCCGUGGACCGCUCCCUGCUGCUGCAGGGCUGGCAGGACCAGGGCUUCAUCACGCCCGCCAACGUGGUGUUCGUGUACAUGCUGUGCCGCGACGUGGUGCCGUCCGACGUGGCGUCGGAGCACGAGCUGCAGGCCGUGCUGCUCACCUGCCUCUACCUGUCCUACUCCUACAUGGGCAACGAGAUCUCCUACCCGCUCAAGCCCUUCCUGGUGGAGACCUCCAAGGAGACUUUCUGGGACCGCUGCCUGUCCAUCAUCAACCUGAUGAGCGGCAAGAUGCUGCAGAUCAACUCCGACCCGCACUACUUCACCCAGGUGUUCGCCGACCUCAAGAACGAGAGCCAGAAGGAGGAGGAGCGCAGCCGCCUGCUGAUUGGCCUGGAUCGGUGAGGGGGAGGCGUGCGGGCGGCCGGGGGGGGGGCGGGGCAAAGCUGAAUUCUGGUCUGGCAUUUUCUGACCGUCUCACUCUUUGUGUUUUAUUGGUACCGGUUGUGGCACAGGAUGUUGUAGUUGUAUUUGACAUCGACAUGUGGUUUGUUUUAUAAGGCUUCUGGCUUGGUUGAGGAGGCUUAGAGGGGGGGGGGGGGGGGGGAAGUCUGGAGAUGAGAUUAGUAAUCAUGAAUAAAUCUCUGAAUGUCUCAUUUGGUUGCAACCAAGUGCGUUUCACCGCUGUCUGAAUUCGAAGGCAUCAGGAUUUCAUGGAUCAAAACGCCACCAAACCAUCUCUUUUUUUCCACCAAUAAGAUGCUAAUAUGAUAAUUCAUAUUUCUAGACAAACCACGGGUAGAGACACCUCUUUCUUCAAAAUGCCAGACUCGGGUACAUCCUUUGCUACCACAAAUCUAUAAAUAUAUAUAAAUAUAUAUAUCUAUAAUAAAUAUUGAAAAACCCUAAAAACAAGACAAAGACAAAAAAAAAAAAGAGGUUAGGACGAAGCGGAAUGAUGAAUCUACAGCAAUGAAUGUGGAGCGACAGGGGCUGACUUCCUGUCUGAGGAGAGGGAUGUGCGCUGACUUCCUGUCUGAGGAGGGGGUUGUGCGCUGGCUGUACCACCGCGGGGGGAGAGGAGACAAUCUCGCGUGACCACUUUCCUUCACGCAUCACUGCUGAGCAGGCUCCCCGGCGGACAACCACCCUGGCUCUUUGAAACGCCAGCACCCACACAGCCACACACCCCCCACCCCCCCCCCCCCCGUCCACUGAACGAGACGGGACCUCUCUGCGGGACGCAUCGCCGACCAGCCAGGGGGGGCCGGCGGGUGGGAGACCCCGGGCACCGUGUUGAUCUGAGUGUGUCUGUGUCAGUAUGAGUCGGGGCAGGGGGGCCCGUGGGCGGACAGCUGGAUGUAAGAGCCGGCACUGUAUUAUAGGACCUUUUACCAAUAUAGGACGACCCUGAGUUGAGGACCGGUUACUCGCUCUGCCCGCAUAGGACCGACCUCGUUUUCCUCACAGAAAAAAAAUGAAAAGUAAGCCAACAAUUUAAUGGAUGUUCUCUUUCCUCUCCAUCUCCCCUAAACUAUGGAUGCUUAUUUAUUGAUUUUCUGGAAAGAAAAUUGUCCUCUCUUUUUUUAUUUUAUUACUUAAUAACUUAAUCUAAUGCACGUGUGCCAUGCAAUUUUACAGUUUUAGAAGGGCAGGAGCAAUGCCUUUAUUUAUUUGUUUGGACUUGAUUUUUAAGUGCAUCUGCGUUAGAGAAUGCUGUGAACAAGGUGGGGCUAGUUGAUUUAGCUAUGCUUGCUAAAAUAGGCUAUUUGUUUACAGAGAAAUUCUUUUGUACUUUGUCUAAAAGUUGUGUUAAAAAAAAAAGAGCAAACACUUUGGAAUGAAGGUUCAUCUUUGUGUUUAUGAUUUCUUCAGCUUAGUAAAUGUUACUACAGUGCCAUAUCUUUGAUCAAACCUUGUAGAUCAAACGGAAGCCGAUAGAUUGGUUUCAGAUGUUCAAUAUGAAUCACGAUAUGUAUACCGAUUCUUCAUUUGUUGCCAUUACGUAUUCUUCUAAUGACAUUAAUGUGUACAUAAAGGGAAAAUACCUUUUGAAUGGGCUAGACAAGAGAAUGAUUUUCUAGAGGCAAUGCUGGUGAACUUGUCUUUGGUGGGAAUGAAGAUUGAUGGUGAUUGAUACACAUGAAUGUCCGUAGGGAUUUGAGCUAUGAAUAUCGCGUUAAAAGCCCUCCGAUUAUUGAAGACCAUCGUUAAAUCUGACGUCACCAAAGUGUCAUCGUAAGGAUUGACCUUGAAAACAAACAAACACAUCGCAGACCCUAUGUUGAAGAGUGAUCCUUGAAGACAUCAAACACACACACACACACACACACACACACACACACACACACACACACACACACACACACACACACACACACACACACACACACACACACACACACACACACACACACACACGCGCACACACCCGCACACAACACCCGUGCAUGAGUAAAGUCAAACUGAGGUCACACGCAUAUCAGUAAGAAAUGAAUCGAUGACGUCACCGAGUUCUGUCCAAACGACGUGUUGCCGCAACAUCAACGUUCAUCCAGGUGGAGGGAUAUAACCCCCUCUAGUUCCCCCUGUCACAGACACCACCAUAGGUUCUACAGAGUAUUGGGACACCACGUUUACCUUAAGAGCGCAAACAGAGCUGUUCAUCUGAUUGGAUUAUACGCUCCAUCAUGGGUGACAAUCAUGUCGCGCUUUCCCUUAAAGCUUCUGCAAAUAUAUCGGCGGUUCAACCGCGCCGUACGAGCCGUUGUCAGAGCCCCGUCUCACGAUAAGGUCGGUCAACACUUGGCGCAACCGAACCGUUCACACCGGUCGGUCUCUCCGCGUCUCGCGUGUAAACGAUACCGGCGCGGCGCAUGUUUUCUUUUCAGCAGAGGUGUUCACCCAAAAGUCUCCCAGUCUGAUCAGCCAUCAUGAACCAGCCGGGCGCUACACCUAUAGAUGUCAUCCGAUCGCAGUUAAACGUCUCUUAUGUGUGUUGUGUGAAGUUGCGCAUGGCUCAGGGGGGCGUGUCCAAUGUGUGUGCGUGUGUGUGUGUGUGUGCGUGUGUGGCGGGGGACCCAUGUGAUCGGCCAAUCCAAAACGAACCUGUAAGUACAAUCAGUUCAUUGGCCCAUCAUCGCUUGGCAGGGCGGUUGUGGGGGUCUGCGUACCCCCUGUGGUUCGGUGCCAGUCCUCGGACCCCUGUCUCAAGGCGGGCGGACACACACGUCCCCGUGUCUCCAUCACACCCCAUCUCCCGAGCAUCGUGGCUCUCCUCAGCAGGGUCUAGUGUGUUCUACAGAGAAGGUCCCAUGGCUCUUCAGCACCAUGGAUAGGGUCUGUGUCCGUCCCGGAGCUCUGGAGGGUGUGAGUGCUUGUGACUCUCUGUGAACACCCAGCUCGGCCUCUGCUUCGACAUUGAAGACAAAACAAAACAGCAGGGCAUCAAAAGGAUAAAGGGUCUGAUUUUCUCCUCCGUCCGAUUCCUUCUUCUUUUUUUUUACUUGCAUAACUGAGUUGUUGUUUGAGAAAAUACUUUUGAAAAACCUACAAAAAUAUCUGAAAAAAAACACAUUAAAAGGGAUAGUUUAACAUUUCUGUCAAUUUUUCCUUUCUGUAUAUUGUUGAGUACUCUGUAGAACAACAAAAAUAGUUUUGAGGCAUUCAAGGGUUGCGAGUGUGCGUGAAUGUGUGUGUUGGAGUGUCUGUGAGAGGUUUAUUUGUACAGAUGACCGGGUGAAUUUUGUUUUCUUAGGGGCAAAAAAAAAAGCUGAAAAUGGAAUACAUGCCAUUGUGGUAGGAGGAGAGGUGAUGCGUGUUGAUGCUGUUCAAUAAAAUAUUCUUUUUGAAAAAGACAAAAAAGUUGUUCCUGUAUUUGAAACAUUAUCGGUUGAUUUCUGCUUACUUUGAUUUAUUUUUGUACUGUGAUGGAAAAAAAAUAAAAUGCACUGGUCGUACAAGAA